AUGGUGAACAUCGAUCACGAAUUAUACUGGGAGAAUCCAUCCGAUAGAACAGUCCCCUUACCUCUAGCAACCUACAUAGCCGGUGGCGUUUUCGGCGCCAUCAUCAUCAUCAUACUCGUCGGAAUCGGAAUCUACCUGUGGCGAGUAAAGCGACGAGAGCAACGACAACAAGCAUUGGAUGCAGCGUUCCCGCGAAGUGCGUAUGAGCAAGAAAUGCAGUUGAUAAGAAACCAACAAAAUGCUGCUAACGCGGCGGCCGCUGCCAAUGGUGUCAAUCACUAA